UAGGGGUGGAGGGGUAGGAGGAUUUACUCUUCCGUCCAGAGCAUCGCGAGUCCCGUCCUCCCCCUCCCCCCUGCCCGGGCUCCGGCGUGGAGGCGGGGCGUGGCCGGCCUGCUUUGGGAGGGGAGGGGCUUCCCUCUUCAGUGCUGGGCUCUGCCUCGGCGGCUCUGGGGUCGCCUUACCUCGGGGCAUCCGUUCUGCAGUCCAACAGUUCCCGCCAGGGGCAAAGGGUAGGAAGGAGAGCAGGAUCUGCUGGAGGAAGCACACCUGCUGUGCCACCACCGCGAAGACACAGCAGGCUCAGGGCACGAGACGAGCUGGAGACCCGAGUCCCUGGUCCGGGUAACCUGGGAAGCAGAGGGCAAUAGUGGCGCCUUAAGAUAACCCUGUAGCAGCAGCAGUGGCGGCCAAAGGAGGCUCCUCGGGGCACAAGCGGCUGUAGGAGUCUCUGGGGCGAUUGGAGUGACCGACGCCAGGGCGGUUCAGUGCCUCUCGUGUUCUUAUUUUUUAACCUCUGACUAUGCAAUUCUGAAACCUCCCCCAUUCGGGGGACCAGACAGCCCGAUAGACACCUUCCACCCUCCUCCCGCCCUGGUCACAAGAACAGAAGGAUCUCUCCCUAACGCCUUUCACCAUUAAGAGAAAAGCGAUGGAGGAGCUGAGCGCUGAUGAGAUCCGACGGAGGCGCCUCGCACGACUUGCUGGUGGACAGACCUCCCAGCCCACCACCCCGCUCACCUCGCCCCAGAGGGAGAACCCGCUGGGGCCUCCCAUAGCAGCAUCAGCCCCGGGCCCCUCCCAGAGCCUUGGUCUCAAUGUCCACAACAUGACCCCAGCUACCUCCCCAAUAGGUGCAUCAGAUGGUCUUGGUCCUGUUUCCAUCGAUGCCUUCGAACACUUGCAUAAUGCCUUCCAUUUGCUAGGCACUGUGGUGGGAGUUAUGGAUGCAGGCAGAGAUGGGCAAGUCUCACUCAGCAGCAGUGUCCGAGGACCCCGUGUCUGGCAGGAGGGGAUGUCCUCGUGUGGAGAUCUCCAUGCUGGUGCGGUCACAGGAGUAGCUCAUCGAAGCCAGAGCAGCGAAGGAGUCAGUUCUCUCAGCAGCUCGCCCUCCAAUAGCCUCGAGACCCAAUCUCAGUCCCUCUCACGUUCCCAGAGCAUGGAUAUCGAUGGUGUCCCUUGUGAAAAAAGCAUGUCCCAGGUGGAUGUGGAUUCAGGAAUCGAAAAUAUGGAGGUUGAUGAAAACGAUCGGAGAGAAAAAAGGAGCGUCAGCGAUAAGGAGCCUUCAUCGGGUUCUGAAGUGUCCGAAGAACAGGCCUUACAGCUGGUCUGUAAGAUCUUUCGUGUCUCCUGGAAGGACCGGGACAGAGACGUCAUCUUCCUUUCUUCUCUUUCUGCACAAUUUAAGCAGAACCCAAAAGAAGUGUUCUCCGAUUUUAAGGACUUGAUUGGCCAGAUUUUAAUGGAAGUGCUAAUGAUGUCUACCCAGACUAGAGAUGAAAAUCCAUUUGCCAGUCUGACGGCCACAUCGCAGCCAAUUGCGGCGGCUCGGUCCCCGGACAGAAAUCUCCUGCUAACUACCGGCUCCAACCCAGGAGCGAGCCCCAUGUUCUGCGGUGUGGGCUCCUUCGGUGCCAGCUCGUUGUCUAGCCUCUAUGAAACGAGCCCCGCUCCCAGUACGAGUUUCUGGAGCUCGGUGCCGGUGCCGAGCCCGUCCGUUGCCUCGUCCCCUUGCCGUGCAGCCAGCCAGCCGGCUGCGCCUUCCAUUACCCUCAGUCCCCACGGGGCGGCUUCGGGGGCCGCCGCGGGGAGCCAGCCCUCCUCUCCACGGUAUCGCCCCUACACGGUCGCCCACCCAUGGGGGCCUUCCGCUUCUGCCCCGCGGUCCCCAGGCAUCUCCACUCUGUCCAGCUCGCCCGGCCGCCCUGCCCUCGCUGGUAGCCCUCAAGCAGUGCCUGCCAGCUCUCCCAGCCAGAGACCCUCCAGCCUGGGCCCACCUUUACUGGCCGCCUCGCCCAGUGCCGCGAGCAGACGCCCCUCAUCCCUAAGGACCUCUCCUAGUUUGGGAGCCUCUGGUGGGACAGGUACUUGGGAUUCCUACAGUGACCAUUUCACCAUCGAGACCUGCAAGGAGACAGACAUGCUGAACUACCUCAUCGAGUGUUUUGACCGAGUUGGAAUAGAGGAAAAAAAAGCACCAAAGAUGUGCAGCCAGCCAGCGGUCAGCCAGCUUCUGAGCAACAUCCGCUCCCAGUGCAUAUCCCACACCGCGCUAGUUCUACAAGGUUCCCUGACACAGCCAAGGUCCGUGCUCCAGCCGUCCUUCCUGGUGCCGUAUAUGCUGUGCCGGAAUCUCCCGUAUGGCUUCAUGCAGGAGCUGGUGAGAACCACUCACCAGGAUGAAGAAGUGUUCAAGCAGAUCUUUAUCCCCAUUUUACAAGGCCUGGCUCUCGCUGCCAAAGAGUGCUCCCUCGAUAGUGACUACUUUAAAUACCCCCUCAUGGCUUUAGGUGAGCUCUGUGAAACCAAGUUUGGGAAGACACACCCUGUGUGCAAUUUGGUUGCUUCUUUGCCGUUGUGGUUGCCUAAAUCCUUAAGCCCUGGCUCUGGGCGGGAGCUGCAGAGACUCUCUUAUUUGGGGGCUUUCUUCAGUUUCUCAGUCUUUGCAGAAGAUGAUGCUAAGGUGGUUGAGAAAUAUUUCUCAGGGCCUGCCAUUACCCUGGAAAACACUCGCGUGGUUAGCCAAUCACUGCAGCACUACUUGGAGCUGGGAAGGCAAGAGCUCUUCAAGAUUCUGCAUAGUAUUUUGUUAAAUGGUGAAACCCGCGAGGCGGCUCUCGGGUACAUGGCAGCUGUGGUCAAUGCCAAUAUGAAGAAAGCGCAGAUGCAGACAGAUGAUAGAUUGGUAUCUACAGAUGGAUUCAUGCUGAAUUUCCUUUGGGUGCUGCAGCAGCUAAGUACAAAGAUCAAGUUAGAGACGGUGGAUCCCACGUAUAUAUUCCACCCAAGGUGUCGGAUUACUCUUCCUAAUGACGAGACGAGAGUGAACGCGACUAUGGAGGAUGUGAACGACUGGCUGGCUGAACUUUAUGGAGAUCAGCCUCCAUUUUCUGAGCCGAAAUUCCCUACGGAAUGCUUUUUUCUUACCCUGCACGCCCACCACCUCUCUAUUCUGCCAAGUUGCCGUCGCUACAUCCGCAGACUCCGGGCCAUCCGGGAGCUCAAUAGAACCGUGGAAGAUUUGAAAAAUAACGAAAGCCAAUGGAAAGACUCCCCGCUGGCCACUAGACACCGCGAAAUGCUGAAGCGCUGCAAGACUCAGCUUAAGAAACUGGUACGGUGCAAGGCCUGUGCUGACGCUGGUUUACUUGACGAGAGCUUUCUGAGAAGAUGUCUGAAUUUUUACGGCCUUCUCAUCCAGCUGCUGCUCCGUAUCCUGGACCCCGCCUAUCCCGACAUAACACUGCCUUUAAAUUCAGAUGUCCCCAAGGUUUUUGCAGCAUUGCCUGAGUUUUAUGUAGAAGAUGUUGCUGAAUUUUUAUUUUUUAUUGUACAAUACUCUCCUCAGGUGCUUUAUGAGCCCUGUACUCAGGACAUUGUGAUGUUCCUCGUUGUGAUGUUGUGUAACCAGAACUAUAUCCGAAAUCCAUAUCUGGUGGCCAAACUAGUAGAAGUCAUGUUUAUGACCAACCCUGCUGUUCAGCCACGAACCCAGAAGUUUUUUGAAAUGAUUGAAAACCAUCCUCUCUCCACCAAAUUGUUGGUCCCUUCACUGAUGAAGUUUUAUACAGAUGUGGAGCAUACCGGAGCCACCAGCGAGUUCUACGACAAGUUUACCAUUCGCUAUCACAUUAGCACCAUUUUCAAGAGCCUUUGGCAAAACAUAGCUCACCAUGGCACCUUCAUGGAGGAAUUCAAUUCGGGGAAGCAGUUUGUGCGCUACAUAAACAUGCUGAUAAAUGACACGACGUUUUUGCUCGACGAAAGUCUGGAGUCUCUGAAGCGGAUCCAUGAAGUGCAAGAAGAGAUGAAGAACAAAGACCAGUGGGACCAGCUGCCCCGGGAUCAGCAGCAAGCCCGUCAGUCCCAGCUUGCUCAGGACGAACGUGUUUCACGCUCCUAUCUCGCCCUGGCAACAGAAACCGUGGACAUGUUCCAUAUCCUCACCAAGCAGGUCCAGAAGCCAUUCCUCAGACCGGAGCUGGGACCCCGACUGGCUGCAAUGCUCAACUUUAAUCUUCAGCAACUCUGUGGCCCCAAGUGCCGGGACCUGAAAGUAGAAAACCCUGAGAAAUACGGCUUUGAACCAAAGAAGCUGUUGGACCAACUGACAGAUAUUUACCUGCAGCUGGACUGUGCUCGGUUCGCCAAAGCCAUUGCUGACGACCAGAGAUCCUACAGCAAAGAGCUGUUUGAGGAAGUGAUCUCGAAGAUGCGGAAGGCAGGGAUCAAAUCCACAAUAGCGAUCGAGAAGUUUAAACUCCUAGCUGAGAAGGUGGAGGAGAUAGUCGCCAAGAACGCACGCGCAGAAAUCGACUACAGCGACGCCCCAGACGAGUUCAGAGACCCUCUGAUGGACACCCUGAUGACCGACCCGGUGCGGCUGCCCUCCGGCACCAUCAUGGACCGCUCCAUCAUCCUGCGGCACCUGCUCAACUCCCCUACGGACCCCUUCAACCGCCAGAUGCUGACAGAGAGCAUGCUGGAACCAGUGCCAGAACUGAAAGAACAGAUUCACGCCUGGAUGAGAGAGAAACAGAACAGCGAUCAUUAAACCGCCCCCCGUGCCCACCCUCUGCUCGAGGCCAAGGCCAGCCAGGCAAGCAGAAGCAGCGUCGGUGGCGGACAUGCUGUUCAGAUGUUGGAGGCCCAGCGCGGCGGGAGACCCCGAGAGCCCACCCAGAGCGACCAGACGGUGGAGAGC